UAACUGGAUGAUCGUUUACUUUUAAGUUAACCAGUUAGGGGUUUUUGUCAACCAUUACUGUUAGGGUUUCAAAUUUUGUUUUGAUUUGAGAUUUCAGUUUUCAUUGCCAUGCUUUUAAUUUCAUGAUCUGGCUUUUAAUUCAUCAGAUUAUGGUUUUAGGAUUCAAGGAUUAUACUUACUGUUAUGGUUGCAUCUGCUUUCUGUUAAGCUUCAUUGUUCUUGUAAUGCUCCGACGUUCUUUUUUUUUUAUUCGCUUGAAAUUUCAUCGUACAAGGUUCUGUUUUGCUAAUUCUGUUAUAAAUCAAGUUUGCGAAAGAAAAAAAGUUAUUUUUUGUAGUUUGUGUUUUUAUCCUUUUUGGCCAGUGGGAGUUUAAAGUAACAGUGGUUCUAUAUUGGUCAAGACUGUGUCUGUAUUGGAUUCCCUGAAUGCACUGAUGAUUGUGGAUGGUUCUUCCCCUUUGCAUCUAAAGAGAAGAAGAUUUGCCACUGUUGAUACCAUGGAAGCUGAAGCAGCUAAGGCCAAGUUUGCAGCUAUUAAAGAGAAGUUUGGGCGUGAUAUCCGGGUGUUUGAAACAUCGGGAGUCUCGUCAUCACUGACUCAAGUGUCCAAUGAUGAUGAGAGGGAUGAUUUUUACGAGUUCACUGCUGAUGAUUAUUAUAGACUGCAGGCUGCAAAGAAGGCAGAUAAACAUUUAAAGACGAAAAAGAUUCGAGAAGCGGAAGUUGCUGCUCACAGGUCAAGAAUAACCAAGACUACAAUCAGGGUUCGUUUUCCUGAUAAUCAUACAUUGGAGGUGGUAUUUCAUCCAUCUGAAAAGAUUCAGAGCUUAUUUGAUCUUCUCUCUAGAAUGGUUGCUCAACCGGAAGUACCUUUUUAUCUGUACACUACUCCUCCAAAGAAGCAAAUCAAAGACAUGUCACAGGAUUUUUACUCUGCUGGUCUUAUUCCUGGUGCAAUCGUUUAUUUUUCAUAUGAUAUGCCAAAUCAAGAGGAUAAUGAAGCUGUCAAUUCUGGUCCCUUCCUUCGAGAAGAGGUUAUGUCUUUGAAAGGUUUGGAUGUUAUGCCAGAGCCAGUAGAGCCGAUCCAUGCUACUCCAGAACCUGUGACAACAGCUCCUCCUCCAGUUCCACAAGAGCCCAAGGCUGCUGGGAAAAAACCUGUCAAGCCAAAGUGGCUUAAAAUGUGAUCCGACAAACUCUUCUAGUCAAGGUUCAGCAUGCGAAUAUAACUCUGUCAGAUAGAAGCAUGCUUAUAAGGUAACUUAUAGGACAUCCUAGGAGGAAGUCUUUCACAAUGAAUUUGUUCUAAAGCUGUAACAGUUCCAGAGGAACGCUCUCCUUUUCUUUUGACAACUCGUAUUUUUAUAGCUUAUUACUUAUAAUUAUGUGAAUACCAAUCCACUGUAAGAAAAAGAAAGGGAAGGAAUGGCUUCUUGUUUUAUCUUUAA